AUCGGGUCAGGUAUCACCCUACACCAAAAUUCAUCAUGGCAACAGACACUACGACGGAGGCGGCUAUCGAUGAUAUCUUCAAUUUUGAUAGCACAGACGACGAAGACCCAUUCAAAGACACCAACACCAACAACAAGUCUUCACGCAGUAACGGAGACGACAACAACAAGCCAGGAUCAAGUCCUGACCGUAAACGCAAGGCAGAAGAUGGCGAGGGCUCCGAUUCAGAUCUGGGUAUCAACAAGGAAGUGAAGAUCACCAAGAAGCGCAAACCCAUAGCCAAACUCGAUGAAGCACGACUACUUUCAGCACCAGGAAUACCUAAACUCCGUGCUCUUGCGCGAUCAGGCAAAUUCUCCAAAAAGUUACGCCUCAAGGGCAAAGGCCACGAAUUCUCAGACGUUGCUCGACUGUUGAACUAUUACCAAUUAUGGCUGGAUAAUCUGUAUCCGCGGGCGAAGUUUGCCGACGGCCUGCAGAUGGUCGAGAAAGUUGGACACAGCAAGCGCAUGCAGAUCAUGAGGAAGGAGUGGAUCGACGAAGGAAAGCCAGGCUACGCUCGCAAAUGGGGUCGAAAGGAUGACGAGCUUGACGACCAAGACGGUCAAGCAGUGGCGGAUGAUUGGUUCGGUGGGAGCGGCAAGCCGGUUGAGAACUCCUCGAAGCCGACGCCAUCGGCAAAUGCCACCACUGCUGUCGACGCGGGGACUGGAGGAGGUGAUUCAUCGCUCUUUAUUCCUGACUCGCGAAGCGGCAACAACGAUCCACCACAAGGCGAGGACACGCUACCGGACGAUGACGAACUGGAGGCCCUCCUCGCCGAACAGGACGCAAUCACGACGGCCGUAGGACAGCAAAAAGUCGCAUCAACUAAGCCGACCGCGGACGUAGACUCUGAAGGCGAAGACGAUCUCGACGCACUCCUGGCGGAACAAGAGUCUCGUCGCACAGUCGUUAAAUCUUCAAAUCCACCAGCUGCAAAGAUACAUCAGUCGCCUUUCGACGAUGGCGACGACGAGGAAGGUAUGAUCGAUGACGAUGACGAUCUCGACGCCCUCCUUGCCGAGCAGGAAGUUCGCCAUCAACCUAGUUCAUCGAAGGCGGCAAAUCAAACACCACCACAGACCUCGAGUAAGCCGCCCGAGCCUGCAGAAGUGGACGAUGAGGAAGACGACUUGGAAGCACUAUUGGCUGAACAAGAGGCUCGACAAAGUACUUCUCGAGCGCAUGCUUCCGUCGAAAACAGCAUGGACAACCUCGAGACUCUGCCUGGUACUACGCACGACAACGACGUCAAUGAGGAAGACGGCGGCGGUGAAGCGAUGUUUUUGUCGUCACCUGUGCGCACCACACAGCGUUCUCGUGCAGGAGGGGACUCUACGAGUAAUUCAGAUCGCGCUGCAACGCUACCAGAGCAAGCCAGAGCUCAAGAGGACACAGAAGACUUGGAGGCAGGAGACAUGUUUUCUUCGUCACCUGUCAAGGGCUAG